AUGGAUAACUGGCAUGCAACACAAUGCAAAAAGUCUGACAUUGCCGUCUUUCCGGGACUUAAUGUUCCAGCAUGUAUGAACUGCGGAGAAAUUUGCCCUUCUCAUGGAGCGGAUAACAAACUCAGCGAUGAACUUCAGAUUCCAUCAGCGGGCAAGCGGUCUGCCAUGAAACUGAACUGGCCGCCAUCGAUGCUAUAUCAGAACUAUGCUUACUCUCAUGAUCCUGAUGGCUCUUUGCACAACGCUCUGGCUUCACUGGUUGACCAAGAAUGGUGCGAUAAGGAGACAAACAAGCACACGUCUUGCUCUUCGGUUAUCAAGACAGCUCAGACUCCAUCUUUGCAAGCCAGCGAGACCUCAUAUGAGUCACUCGACGGUACUAAGAUACGUGUUUUAAGACUGCACAAAGGGCACUUUGGGGAUUGCUUGCAUGGAGACUUUGAAACUGUGAGCCUUCGGAACCGAGAUACGGAGCCUUCAGAGUCAGAAACUACACCAUCAGACGCGAGAGAGAGUGCUUUAUCAUAUGAAGCCAUUUCAUAUACCUGGGCCAAAGGAAAUGGCAAACGGGACAAGGACCACGCUAUAUUUAUGGGAAAGCGUUGGGACAUGCUUCCAAUCACUGAGAACUGUUAUGACGCCUUACAAAAUUGUCGAUUUCAUGAUCAAGAUAGACGUCUAUGGGUUGACGCAAUCUGUAUCAACCAGUCAAACAUUUCUGAAAGGACUCACCAAGUCGGCAUGAUGAGACGCAUCUACUCAACUGCCAGCCGCGUUCUGAUAUACCUGGGGACUGACGGCUCAGAAUUCACGCAUGACCCGGAGAUUCUCAGUGACAACCCAUAUUUCUCCCGUAUAUGGGUGGUUCAAGAAAUCGCCUCCGCGAAACAGGCGCUUGUUUUAUAUCACCGUCAAACCAUGCACUGGGACUUUUUUCAUGGGAGGUUGCAGCGAUCGUGUACUAAGAGAUGGAUGCGGCACUUUGGUUCCCCGCGACAUAUUGAUGACGGUCAUGGCUUCUUGACUCUGCUAGGGGAUACGCGGAACUGCAAUGCUUCUGAUCCAAGGGACAAGAUCUUUGCCUUACUUGGGCUCUGGAAGAAGUCAGUUGAGCCAGACUACACGCUAUCACCUCAAGCUGUGUACACAGGAUUGGCAUCCACCCUUGUAACUGAUGAAAGCUGGGAAGUGGUGGCACAAUUACUUGAUAUGGCGACCCAUGGCCGCUCGAUGCAUGGCCUCCCUUCGUGGGUUCCUGAUUGGAGUGAAAAGAGCCAACGGUCGUACCUACGUGAGUGGAGUAGUAGCUUUCUCUAUCGCUCACUCCCUUGGUCCUGGUCAAAGGGUGUUGCGAGAUUUCGGGUGCAUGGUAAAACUGGCUCUUUGUGCAUCCUGGCCGCUGAGAUCGACAUCAUGGCACCUUACCUCUUCCGGGGGUACCGGCCCAUUAUCAAUGGGAUGGUUACUGUCGAAGCAGGGUGUUUUGGGGUCUCAUUAGCCCCUGAGGUCCUGCAGAUAUGCGAACCCACUGACAGUAUCUUCCGCCUUUCUCAGGAUGAAUUCUGCUUAAUCCUUCGAAAGAAAGCCGAACACAAUGUCUACAGUUUUAUAGGAAUUUGUAAAUACUCAUGCUCGUGGGGCAACCAACAGGAACUUGAUGCCAUCAGAUAUCUUCUGGACUGGGCUUGGCUCUUGUCACUAGGGCAAAAAGAGCCCUGGUCGCAGUUUUCUACAUGGACGAACACCCAGGUCUGUUGGUUGUCUCUUCGGAAGCAGAAGAAACUAGAAACUCAACUCUUUCUCAAGAGAGUUGUCAGAAAAGCCCAAUUCCUGCAAAAGAUGCGUACUCUGACUAAAGAAGCGCAACAGGCUCUGAGCAAUUACAGCAGAGACAAAGAGCUACUAGAGGAAUUUUUCCAGCGUCAAUGGAAAAAGGCCUAUAGGAAGUGGCAGCAAGAAGAUGAAGAAAUUAUCGAGGUUCAUCAAGCACGCCGGGCCUUGAUCAGAAAAUGGCUUCCAGGAUAUAUUAGCCUGGAACCAUUGCAAGACUCUACUGCCCAAACUCCACUGGGACAGUCAAUGUGGCUUCCAGUGUCUUUCUGUUGGAUUGGAAGAAUACCCAACCGCGGAGAAAUUUACCGUUUCAAUACCGAACACCGAUUGCUCGCGGAUUGUGCUUCUAGGAAUAUUCCAUUACCUCCUCUUCAUGUGAUCAUGGACAAGAAGAGCCAUAUCACUCUUUCCCUUCAACUAGGACUUGAAAAAGGUCUUAGACAGCUACAGAGACUAGCAAAAGAUCACUCGCUUCAAGAUGUGACAGCUUAUGAGAAAGCUCUGAAUUCCUAUAAUCUAAAGGUACCGCAUAGUCCCGACUUCAAAGAGGAGGAAUGGGCCAUUCUCCUGCAUUGGCUGUCCAGGCCCAUGUCACCGAGCUACGAAAUGCUAAAACGUAGUUCAAGAAGGGAUAUCCCUCUGAUUUGGGAAAAAGGGCUCGUAACCAGAGCCCAGCUUGAUGAAGCCCACACUUGGCUAGAUGAUAACUUUAAUCACCACAUAGCCGCGCUAUCCUCCUCACCCAGCAGCGAAUCAUUCCUCAACGAGAUCUUCGCACUCAUAUACUGCGAGCAGUUCGAACUGCUCUGGAUGUUUUUCUUUCGUUCAUACUCUGACUAUAUCAAAGGGUUUCGUAUUGUUCACCGUGAUGAACUUGGCGCUCAGUUUGCACGCUGUUUUUUCUGGAGGUUUGAUCGCAGUAUAGAGAAGGCCUACCGAGUUGUUCGAAAACGCCAUCUGACUCAUGACGAGACUAAGAAACUAUGGACUGAGUUCCUUGAUUGGCUCACACAGACAUUGUUUGAGGAGCAAGCUCGAGAAAUACCAUCGGAAACAUAUGAUGAAUCGCCGCGUUCGCUGGCCGAUGAAGACAAUAGCGACAACAAUCAUGGGGGUUACUGCUUGGACAAAAUGAAGCUCGAAGGGGUGUUUAUCGUGCCGAAAACACAAGAAGCUUGCUUGGAAUGGUCCACGCAAGCAUCACUUCUUUCGCACACGCGGCCUGAGGCACUUUAUAGAAGGCCGACACUAUCUGAACUUGUCAGUUCCGAAAUUUGGCGACGAAGGCUUCCAGAGAGGGUCUUUGCUUUUCUAUUUGAAGACACUGAGACCGCUACUCAACCAACGCAAUGUGAUGAUAGAAAUUUGGAAGAACUGCUUAUCCAUGGUCAGCCAUACAACUGCGGCAGGCCUUCAGCCCAGGGCUGGAGACAGGAGAUUGAGUCAUGGAAGGCUAUGGAGGAGUAUAUUUCGAAAUCCGAGUGGCAUAUGAGCUGCAUCAAAAUGGAUCUCUUGCGCGGAUCGAGCAAGUAG